AUGCUGUGGCUGCUGCUGCUGACCCUGCUGUGGGGGACGGAGGGGACAGAGGGACAGAGAAGGCGUGGCGAUGGCUAUGUGCUGAGUGUGAAGUCAGUGACGGUGCAGGAGGGCCUGUGUGUCUCUGUACCCUGCUCCUUCUCCUACCCCCAGGGUGACCGGACUGACUCUUACCCAGCGUAUGGCUACUGGUUCCGGGAAGGGGCCAAUGUUGACCAGGAUGCUCCAGUGGCCACAAACAACCCAGCUCAAAAAGUGCAGGAGGAGACCCAGAGCCGAUUCCACCUGCUCUGGGACCCGUGGACAAACAACUGCUUGCUGAGCAUCAGAGACACCAGGAGGAGUGAUGAGGGGAAAUACUUCUUUCGAGUGGAGAGAGGAUGGGCAAAAUACAACGACAUAUCUUUCCAGCUCUCUCUGCUUGUGACGGCCCUGACCCACACACCCGACAUCCUCAUCUCCCAGCCCCUGGAAUCUGGCCGCCCCAGCACCCUGACCUGCUCUGUGCCCUGGGCCUGUGAGCAGGGGACGCCCCCCAUCUUCUCCUGGAUGUCAGCUGCCCCCACCUCCCUGGGCCCCAGGUCCACCCUCUCCUCGGUGCUCACUAUCACCCCACGGCCCCAGGACCACGGCACCAACCUCACUUGUCAAGUGAAGUUUCCCGGAGCUGAUGUGACUACAGAGAGAACCAUCCAGCUCAAUGUCUCCUAUGCUCCACAGAACGUGGCCGUCAGCAUCUUCCUGGGAAACAGCACAGCCCUCGGGAUCCUGCAGAACACUUCGUCCUUUCCUGUCCUGGAGGGCCAGGCUCUGCAACUGCUCUGUGACGCUGACAGCAACCCCCCUGCACACCUGAGCUGGUUCCGGGGGUCCCCCGCCCUGAAUGCCACCCCCGUCUCCAACACCAGCAUCCUGGAGCUGCCCCGAGUGGGGCCUGCAGAAGAAGAAUUCACCACCGCUCAGUACCAGCUGGGCUCCCAGCACGUCUCUCUGAGCCUCUCUGUGCACUACGUCUGCAGCUUCCUCCUGGGCCCAACCUGCCCCCUCCCUGUGCUGGCGCUUGGCGAGGAGCUUCUGGAGGGGAAUGGCGGCCAGGGCGCCUUCAGCUCAGUCGGGUCCUGGGCCAGUAACUUCUUGAGCGUCAGCGGGAGACUGGACUCCAGCCUCGGCCUCAGCUGCGAGGCCCAGAACCUCCACGGGACCAGAGUGACGCUGUCCUGCAGCAGCCAGUUCAGGAGGCGGUGGGCGUCGCCCUGGUGGGGGGAGGACAGUGCCGGGUGUGGGAAGGGGGCUGUCCUAGACCCCCAGCCAGCCCCAGUUGGAGGAGUCUGGACAGGGUCGUGCUUGGUGAAGACCUGCAGGAGAAAAGCCAUCAGGAGGGCAGCCCAGAAGGACGCCAUGGCUGCCCUGGGUCCAGACUCCCGAGGUGGCUGGCAAGAGUGCCCACCAGGCAGCCCCCCAGACCUUGCGCCCCCAGCUGGGGCCACCCCCACCUCAGGGGAGGAACGGGAGCUGCCUUACGCCUCCCUCAGCUUCCAGGGUAUGAGGCCCCAGGAACCUCAUGACCAGGCGGCCACCAGUGCCUCAGAGUACUCGGAGAUCAAAUUCUGUAAGUGA